GUUCCGCUUCCUGUUUCCGGCUAAAGCUGCCAUGCUGCCACAGUCCCUUCUCGGAUGUCGUUGCGUGUGCAUUUUAGAAUACACGUGUGUGUGUGUGUGAAGGCUGUUCGUCUGCGUUGUAGUGAAACAAAAGAAUAAUGUUGAAGGUUGGCGGGGGAUUUCUUGAUCAUGAAGGAACUACAGCAGAAAUGUGAGCUUUGGGAUUCGACGGAGCAGAACACAGCAGUUUUAGUGAAAAUGAAGCAAGUCUCUGAAGGGAGCAGAGGAACAGAGGAACAGCAUGCUCACACCAUGGUAGGAAGCAAUACAAACAAAUACGCUGCAUCUACAACAUAGCGAGAUCUUGAGUAGAUGAUUCUUUUAAUAAUUACAUCGCUCCUAUGGGACUAAAUUCAGAAGGCUAUGGCAUUACGAAAACAAUUUAUAUUGGCGGCUUCAGUAAUGGUAGCUUUGAUGAUGAUCGGGUCCAGCACCAGUCAGAUGGAUGACUUAGACUUAACCGUCUUGUCUCGAAAAGCUCGUUACGCGCUGUUCCCAGACUCAAGCACCAUGGGGUUGUAUUUAGCCGUUGCCGUGCCUCUGGAAGACGCAAGUUACGACGUUUCUGUGUCUUGGAACUUCGAAGCUACUUACCAGUUGCCAUCCAACUACACAGAACUAAUACUGCCCUUUGUAUUGGCCAGCGCGUCACGAAGCGAGCGGCAGUUCAACAGACGUAGCGCCUACCGAAUUGUAGAGAAGCGAUUUAAAAGCUACGGUUUGAAAGGUAGAGAAUGUCUGUUGAGAACAAUCUGCGAAGCAGCUGAAAGUCCGUUACUUCAUAAUGGACUUUUUGGUGACAUUCUACACAUAAUUUUCACGCCAUCGUCAUCCGCAGAUGAAAAUCUCCAUCCGGUUUACAGCGCCGCGGAGGAACGCGGAAGAAGCGGCAAAGACUGUCGAUCUUCUUAUCCAAGAUGCCCCGUAGGACUGCUUGACACCAUUGCUCCGUUUGAAGACUGACAUGUCCGAUGCUCUCAUUAGCAGAAUUUCACUAAUUAGUACAGUACCGAAAAUGUGUAUAACGGUGCAGCGGUAAUCACGAGUUCGAAAUAUAAGCAAGAGAAGAAAAAGUGCAAUACUUUCAAAAGUAUUACGUUCGCUUUAAUGCGAACAUAAACAGUUUAGGUGACUCAGAAGUAAAGUGGACUAAGUCUAAAUAAGCCUGUCACACAGUUUUUAAUUACGGCAUGAGAAAAUGAGUGCACAAAACUUCAGUUUUUACUCCUAGGUAUAACGAACUAAGUCCAUACUCUCAAACAGAGGAAAGUAACUAUAAUUACUACCAUCCGGUGUAUAUAUAUUUAAGGAACCGGAUGUAAGUUUAAAACAGUUUUUACCGAAAUGACGUACAGCGAACUUGAUCCAUUUUAAUUUUUAGCUACCUAUUAGUCACUGACUUUUUGUAAAUCUAUAAUUUAUUAGAACUUUCUCCGUUGUAUGGAGGACUUAAAUACAAGGAAGUAUAAUAAACUA